UUGUCGUCCUCCUCGUCGGAGCUGCUGUCAGGGACCAGCCAUGCUAGCUAAUCACCAGCUGAGGUUAGACAUUUUUUUUAAUAAAAGGACAUGAUACUAGUAUCAUAUAUAGAUCGAUGCAAGCAAGUCAUCUACUGCCGAUAGCAUGCACAUGCAGCGAUCGGAUCCUUCUUGGAAGCUGGGUGCUGGAGACGGCAUGCAUAGGAAACCGGGAGCCAGCAGAUCGCCCUCAAUCUUUCCCGGAUCCCGUAGACCCGUACGUACAGCUAGCAAAGGCCAGCGCCAGAUCUCCAUCUCCUCUCCUAGGAGUAGCCAGUUUAGCAGCAGCAGCUGCUGCUGCCUUAUUUUGCUAUAUAUAACGUACACCACUCUCGCUAUCUGCCGUUCAGAUCAGAUUGUUAACAUACACAUACACAUACAUCCACCUGCGGCCUGCUUGCUGGUUGAUGGGCAGCAGCAGCUUCUUCCCGGCCGGCGGCGAGAUGUGCACGGAGGGCAGCCGCCCGGCGGGGAGGCGCGGCGCCAAGAAGCAGGCGGCGACGGCGGACCACCACAAGGCCAACAGGCAGCCGCAGCGCGGACUGGGCGUCGCGCAGCUCGAGAAGAUCCGCCUCCACAACCAGAUGCUGGCCGCCUACCGCUCCGCCGCCGGAGGCCUGCACCCGGCCACGGCAGCGCAGCAGGCGCCCUUGGCCGCCGCCGGCGCCUCCUCGUCGUUCCAGCCAUACCGCCUCACGAACUGCUUCGAGGAGACGGAGCGGGGCAUCGUGAGACUGGGGCAGCCGCCGCAGCAGCAGCACUACUGGAUGAUGAGCAGCGCGAGCGAGGGGUCCAGGUCCAGCCACGGCAGCGCGGAGGAGCUCGACUUGGAGCUCAGAUUGUAGCAGCUAGCUGCUGCCUUGCAGCGAUUUAGGUAGUUCAAUUUGCUCUGGGCAUCGCAUAGUUGGUCGGAUGCUCAUGGGCGAAUGAAGAAGCAUCAUGCAGCAGCUAGCUAUAUAUAUAUAUAUAUAUAUAUAUAUAUAUAUAUA